ACGUGUCAACAAGUUAUCACCGAAAGUACAUUUCACAUGCAAAAAAACAUAACAUAAUACCAACAACAUGGAAACAUAACAACAAAAAUUAGAGUCAAACGUUAAGUGCACAAGCACUUUCUCUACAUAACAAGCAAAAUCUUGUCUAUAAUGACAAAAAUACCCUCAUCUUUAUAAUCAGUAUAUAGAAGACGUAAAUAGAAACAAGUUGACCGUUUCUUUGCCUCCAAAAAAAUCCAUAACUGUAACCGACCUCUCCUUCUUCCCUCAAUUUCCUCUCUUCCACUUCUCUACCAAAACACAACACAAACAAAAAAAAAAUCACAAAAAAAAGAAAACAUUAUGACAAAUAUGAUAAAAUAAUAAAAAUUAUUAUUAUUAGUUUGUUUAGCAAACAAUAAUAAUAAUAAAAUUCAAACGUUUUCCAUUACAUUUCAUAUUUGUCAUAGCGUUUUCCAUUCCAUUUCCAAAACCUCCUGCCGCCGAUGGCCACCAUGGAACGCAGAAAAACGCUGACCAUGAAUUGGGACGGCCUCGGCGACGACGAGGACGACUUACAUUUCUUUGAAACAUAUAACCGUCUCUCCACCGCCGUCCCCGAUGACUUAGCUUCUUCUUCUGAUGAAGAUGAUGAUUAUGAAGAUAGCCGGUUAUCCUUUGCCUCUGCAGUCUCCUCCUUUCACCCUUCCAAACACCGGAAGCCGGAGCUUCCCCCGGCUACCGGCAUUGCUCCAAACUAUGAUAUAUGGAUGGCUGCUCCGGGAUCUAUCACAGAAAGAAGACGAAGAUUGCUUGGAAGUAUGGGAUUGGAUGAAAAUAAAGAGAAUCUUAAAGCUACUAGCAUUGUUAUUAGCCGCGCCAUCACGAAAAAAUUCGAGAACAAAAACAACAAUCAAGAAACUCAAAAAUCAGAUCAUUCGCAUUCUUCAUAUGUCCUAGUUCGAUCGAGAUCUGAAGGUGACAUCGAUUCGUUCACUACAAAAUUAAGAAAGGAGGAGAUCAUAGGAAAAAUUUCGAAGCAAAGGUUAACAAGAACUAAUACUGAUAUAGGCAUGGCGAGCACAUGUGCUCGUCAUGCAGAUAUAAAUAGAAUUAUUGUGAGGGAUUCUGGAGAUUCCUCUGUUAGGCAUUUACCAUCGGCGUCACCGAUGGUAACAUCCAGCUCAGGACUUGGAGCGUUCUUUUUAAUCAAAAAUCUAGAUACUGGAAAAGAGUUUAUUGUAAAGGAAUACGGUGAAAACGGGACGUGGAAUCGGUUAAGCGAUUUAGAAACAGGUAAACAGUUAACAAUGGAAGAAUUUGAAAACACCAUUGGACAUAAUCAGUUUAUAAAUGAUCUAAUGAGACGACGUAAUUACGGAAGAAACAAUGGAUAUGGUAAGAAGCUAGGUUCAGAUUCUUAUAUAUCAAGAAGUUUAAGGUUAAGUAAAAGAAGAGGUGCUUCAUUGUUGAAGAAUAUUAAAGGUGUAGCAAGUGGAAUUGUUGGUGAACGUGAAAGAGAAGUUGUUGUACCACAAGUUGUUGAUCAAAAUAAAACUCAAGGGAAGAAUAAAUGGGUUAAGGUUAGGCAAAGUGGGAAAUCACAAAAAGAGCUUUCAGCUUUGCAUUUAUGUCAAGAAUUUCAAGCACAUGAAGGGUGUAUUUGGACUAUGAAGUUUAGUUUGGAUGGAAGGUUUUUGGCUACUGCUGGUGAGGAUAAAGUGAUACAUAUUUGGGAAGUUCAAGAAUGUGAGGUUAUGAGUAUGAGAGGUGAGGAAGGGAAUCUUACUCCUAUUCAUCCUUCUUUGCUUUCUUCAAUGGAAAGAGAAAAAAAUGUUGAUACUCAUAGUUUGGUUAAGAAGAAAGGGAAAUUUGGAAGUAAAAGAGGAGGAGGGUCAGCAGCUAUUCCUGAAUAUGUUCAUGUGCCUGAAAAUGUUUUUACUUUCUCUGAGAAACCUUAUUGUUCUUUUCAUGGUCAUUUGGAUGAAGUUUUGGAUUUGUCUUGGUCUAGAUCUCAGCUACUUCUUUCAUCUUCAAUGGACAAGACAGUGAGAUUAUGGGACUUGGAAACAAAAACAUGCUUGAAAUUCUUUGCACAUAAUGAUUAUGUAACCUGUGUUCAAUUCAACCCUAUGGAUGAAGAUUAUUUCAUUAGUGGUUCCCUUGAUGCUAAGGUCAGAAUGUGGAACAUCUCUGCUCGUCUUGUUGUGGAUUGGACUGAUAUUCAUGAAAUGGUUACAGCUGUAUCUUACACCCCAGAUGGUCAAGGUGUUCUAGUUGGUACGCAAAAAGGGAAUUGUCGUACUUAUGGCAUAGAAGAUUAUAAAUUAACUCAGACAAGCACAAUUGAACUUCGAAACAAGAAGAAAUCUCAGCUAAAAAAAGUUACUGGAUUUCAGUUUGCUCCAUGUAAUCCAGCAGAAGUGCUUGUUACUUCAGCUGAUUCCAGGAUAAGAAUUGUGGAUGGUACAGAAAUUGUUCAUAAAUUUAAAGGAUUUCGAAAUGCAAACAGCCAAAUGGCAGCGUCAUUUAGUCCAAAUGGAAGAUUUAUAAUAAGUGCAAGUGAAGAUUCACAAGUAUAUGUAUGGAAGCAUGAAGAACAUAGAAAUUCAAACACAGGAAAAUCUAGAACAGUACUUACUACUCAAUCUCAUGAACACUUUCCAUGCAAAGAUGUUUCAGUAGCAAUACCUUGGCCAUUUAUGAUCAAAGGUGAUCCACCAGAAGUUCCGGUUCCUCAAUCCAAAAAGAACUCGAAACGAAUGCUUCCACCUCUUCCAAAGAAAGGCAAUAAUAAUAAUCAUGCAACAGAAGGUGCAUCAAGUUCUCCAGAGCACGACCCUGCAUCGCUUUCGCGAAGCGAAUCAGGAAUAGGCGAUUCGUUUGAGAAUAGUAAGAGAAUGUUACCACCUCUUCCAAAGAAAACCAACAACCAAGUAACAGAAAGUGAAGUAGAAGAAGAUCAUGGAGCUAUUUCGAGGACGAAUUCAGGGUUUGGCGAUUCGUUUUCUUCGGAUUCUGCAUCGAUUAGAUACGGCGAUGCUCUUUCGAUGUCUAACGCAGCUACUCCAUCAGGUUCAUCUUGGUCUUCUAAUUAUUCAGCAUAUGAUGGCUCCUCAGCAGUUCAUCCUUCAGCAUGGGGUUUGGUAAUAGUAACAGCGGGAUUUGGAGGUGAAAUAAGAUGUUAUCAGAAUUUUGGAUUGCCAAGAAGGAUGGGUAGGCAAGCUCAUCUUUUUGGAAGCCCUGCUUAACAUUUUGUAAAAUUAAAAUUAGUAACUUUUUCCAUAUGAAAGAGCAAGAAAUGGCACAGGUUAAAUGUAAAUUGAGUUUUUCUUAUUAGAUUGGCAUAUCAUGUGUGGCAAUUUUGAUGAUAUGUAUGCUUUUGGUUAGUAAGCUACAUAAACAUUAUAGACAAGAUACAAGAAAUGUAAAUGAAAUUCAAAGUGAACAAUCAAAGGGAAAGCACGUGUCCGACACCGA